UCCUGCCGAGACGGAGGCAGACAUAGCACUCUACGUAGGCGUCUUCGUGGCCGUCGCCGUCUUCGUGGUGGUUGUUGUUGCCAUGGUGAUGCUCGUGCGACGCAUUAAGGGAAGAGACCCUUGCAUGUAUAGAGGUGCCGGAACAGAGGUAAUUCCAGUUCAACCGGAUCUUACACAAACAGCGUUGGGGAACGGCGUCCAACUUAAUGGAGGCUAUGGUGAGAAACUGGUGACGCCUCUUCUUUCACAUCAUCAUGCGUACCAAUUACCACCCAGUCCUGCGCAAAGUCGAGCACCCUUGCUAGAACAACAACAACAGCAGAGAUCUUUGACCCCCAGUUCCACAGGAAAGCCCCCUCACUCUGGCUCCUGCCCCUCGGUAAUAUCAUCUUCUGCGUCUACAGUAUCCCACCCUUCGACUUUAUCGGAUUCAGAACUUCCCUCCGGACGGCAUUCUGUGACAUCAGCAGCUCUCCCGCCAAAUCUGGACAUCGAAUGCAUCGCUUGGGGUACAGUUACCAAAAGUGGAGGGCGGAUAACAAUAUCCGGGUCAGGUAUUACUCUGACUAUCCCUCCUGGAGCAAUUAAAAAAGGAGCAAAUGUUGAAGUCUAUGUUGCUGUACUUAGAGAAGACAAAGAUCGGCCUAGGCUUUCUGAUAAAGAGACUAUCCUAAGUCCUGUGGUACUUUGUGGUCCUAGUGGUGUUAUGUUAAAGAAGUCUGCUAUCAUUACAUUCCAGCACUGUGCUUUACUCAAUGCCCAGAACUGGAGAAUCAGUGUCCAUGCUAGUGACAGUGGUACAGAAGAGGAAACUCCCGAGUGGAAAAGUGUUGUAACCCUUGGACAUGAGACAAUCAAUACACCCUUGUACUGUCAACUGGAUGGUCGCCAGUGUCAUGUGGUCACGGAUCAUUUAUGCCGCUACGCCCUCGUCGGAGAGACGGAAGAAAGUGGUGGUUGGGCCCUAAAAUCUUUAGCCCUGGUGGCCUUUGCCCCUGCCUUGUAUUCAGCUGUGGAUUAUAACAUUCGAGUAUACUGCGUUGAGGACACCAGAGCAGCUCUUCAAGGUGUCAUGCAAGUGGAACAAAAGCUCGGUGGAAAACUAGUGGACCGUCCGAAAUCGAUGCCUUUCCAAGAUGGCGGCGCCAAUCUCUGCCUGUGCUUGGAGGAUGUUGCCCAAGGAUGGCGUUGUAAACCAGGAGCUAAUUAUCAGGAGAUUCCAUUCCAACAUGUAUGGAACGGUCGCCAAAAUAACCUUCAUUGUUCCUUCACUCUGGAAAAUGUGGACCGAUCUCAGAAAGUCCGUUGCCACAUUCUAGUGUACCAAAGAGGUAUACAGGCCCAUAGGCAAAUGCUAAAAGUGAAUCCUCAUGACCUCAGGGAGAAAAAUAAUGUUCCCAGUCCUACUCCGAACUGGACAAACCUACCCCUGAGUUCCACGGUGACGGCCAACGAGACUGGAAGCCCUCUGGUGGCGCUCGAUCAGCCCAUCGCAGGAUUCAGGUUAACACCUCAAGCAAGAAAGCAGCUGAGGACAUUUUUGGAUCCGCCAAAUAUGAAUGGCAACGACUGGAGGAGGCUUGCCCAGGAGUUGCAAGUGGACAGGUACAUAAACUAUUUUGCUACAAAGCCAAGUCCAACAGAGCACAUUCUGGACUUGUGGGAAGCAAGGCAUCGUGAUUCCAGCGCACUCACAGACUUGCUGAACAUCUUGCGGAUGAUGGGUCGGGAAGACGCAGCCAUAGUACUAGAAAAGGAAGUUGGAUCUUGGCUGUGAUUUCUAUGGAUUAAAAUUUAUAGACAAAACUGCUGUCUACUGCCCAAUAGCAUUUCGUGAUCUUGUUGUCCAUGAAAAUUCCAAUCCAGUGGAUUGGUUAUAAUUCAGACACUUGACAACAAGAUAUGUAGUUCAUAUGACAAGUCGCACUUUCGUACAGGAGGUAAUCUCGCCUUGUAACAACAAGAUUACUCUGGCUCAACGUCAUAGCAUCCAAUGUCCUGUUCGUAUUCUGUCAGCAGUCUUUAUAUUGAAUGGUUCUUUGUUUAACAAUCGCCGUAAAGAGUUAACGUUUGAAAGAAAAUGAAUGUUAGUAGCUUGCAAAAAUACUUUGCCACAUCAAUUCAUAGAACUUGAACUUUCAAUCUUUCGCAGUCGGGAAGAUGUGAAGUUUCUUUUGUGAUUAACUUGCUUUCGAACAGAUUGAUAGUUAGUGGCACGAAAGCAAAAUAGUGAUAUGGAUUUGGAUAGAGAUUUUCAUUAUUAAUAUUAUUACUAUUUCUUUUCUUCAUAGUAUAAUAGAUAGAGUUGUAAAUUUUAAUUUCAGAUGCUAAAUGAAGUUUGUGUGCUGCACUCCGAAAUAUGUAAAAAAAAAUGCCUUAGUAUUUGCUACUAAAUACUGGUCGCCUUUUCUCUGUUUGGUGCCAAAGUUGUUCAAGUGCCAAACAUUUUCUAUGCUUCGAGACUUUUCUUUAAACUAUAAAGACAGUUGUAAAUUUUACCGCUCAAGUAGUUGGCUCAUAUCCAAAGGCACUAGCAUAAUAUUUUUACGUAGUGCAAAAUGUUGUUCUGAAAUUAGAAUAGGAAAAGUGAGGAGUAUUUUAAUAGAAAAUCUUUCUUUUAAAGGAUUUUCAAAUAACUACGUAACUGUCUUUUCAUUAAUAGACAAAAUUUAUAUGGCUCAAUUUUUAAUUUUCGUUCUUUUAUGUUUAAAAUUUUGCAUUAAAUUCUAAUAAUGUAAAUUCUGAUAAUUCAAUAAUGCUAAAAUUAUUGGUUUUAUGUGUUUUUAAAAAAUUUAGCACCUUUCCAGAAGCGUUAGAUGUAGUUGCUAAACCGUACGUGCUUUUAAGAAUUAAAGGCUGUAACAAAAGAAAAAAAAACUGUGAAACAUGUUAUUACAAAAAAGGCCAAAUCAUGAGAUAUUUUUCUUCUUUGUUUAUUAAAUGCAAAGUAUUCAUUUAUAACUUUCCUGAACUGCUUUGCUUUUUUGGUUAGGAAAAAAGUUUAUUACAGUAAAGAAAAUAGUUUUAUAGCUUAUGAAUUUAAUUAUAUUAACAAGAACGACAAGUAUCCCUCCAAUAAUACGGUAGAUACAUUCGUAGAAAAUACCAUGUUGUAUGAAAUCAUGUUCUACGAAGAUAACAACCAAUACAAAAUAAAGGGAUACGUUCCAAAAACUUUUAAAAAGAAAAAAAAAUGUAAUGGCUCUUACUGUUGCCUCAUUUAAAUUUAGACUUUCUGCAAUAGCAGAUGCCUUUUCUCAUUCUAACGGCGAUUUAAAAUUUGUAUUUUCCUCCCCAAAUAAAUAGAUUUUCUUUAAAAUGUUUUUUCAAACAUAUUUGGGACUGAAGCAUAAUUUCGCAAUAAUUACUCCUAAAAACGAUAAAGCUAUUCGUAGCACAUACCCAAAAAGUUUUCAAAAAAUAUUUUCAUGAGUCACAGUUAUGUAAUUUAUGCAAUCUACCUCUUGAACAUUUGGAUAACAGAGUACAUACUGUGUAAAUAAAUGAUGGACAAUGAUUCAAACGAAUUUAGAUAUUAGAGAUAAAUAAGUUCUUAUUGUGUAUUAUACACAAAGAUGUAGUACAUAACUUAAUUCUGCAAAUGUUUAAAACAAAAAUCGUGUUAUCGAAAUAUGAACAUACAUAAAGUGUUGUAAGAUGGUUUACGCAUAUAAAUUUACGUGCUAGAACGAAACUGAGUUACUGUGUUAUAAGAAGGUUUUCAUAACUUUCUUAUUGUUUAAAAGCGAAACCGUGUUAUAAGAGAUACCUUUGUAGAAAUUUUCUUCAUACUAACUGUACCAAAAAACAAAACAAAAAAAACAAAAAAAAAAAAAAAGGAAAAGAAGUAAACAGUUUUGACAAACGACAAUAAAAACGCAUUCUUAACAGUAUAUGAAUACUUUUAUUACUUUUUAAGAACUCAAAAGAAAAGUCUCGAAGUGGAAUGGGACCUAAACCCUUUGUAUGCACUUUAUAGCAAAAGAAAUAUUUAAACCCAAAAUUUGUUCCUUCCUUACGCUCCUAUUUGUCUAUUUCUUGUUCAUUUAUUACACAUAUUUUUUGCUCUUUAAAACAAAUCUGGACUUUUGGAAGUGUUUCACAAAUAUAAAUUUUAAUCUUCAUACUUGUGUAACUAACACUACGUGAUAAAAUGCAUGUGUUUACUGCAUAACUUUGAAUUCUUACCUGAGACAGAAGAGUUUCAAAGCUUUGCAAUAUGUUUCGUUGUUUGCAUCAUUUUGAUAUAUCUUAGUUUUUUUCUUUAUUUUAAUGUGUUUACCGAUAUUGAUGUUUGAGAAUUUACAAUUAGAAUUAUAUCCUUUGAAAACGUUUUCUGGUUAUAAGUUUAAACCAUUGAAGAACUUCAGCUUUUCAUUGAUGUGUUAAUUUUUUUUUUCGUAUGUUUGCAAAACCUGCAUCUCAAACAGGUUUCCAAAUAAUGUAUAUAAAUUGCUUUGUUAACAUACAUUUUAUUUUGUAUGGCAUUUUAACUGAGAUAAAAUGGCUGUAAAAGGAAGAUUUCUUGAGAAGCGGAGCAAACUUAUAUGUAAAUAUCGAUUGAAUUUCUGAGGUCUAACUUUAUAAUAUUUUAAUGUUGUCAGCCUCAGAUUACGCGAACAAAUACAUGUUAAAAUUAAAAUAUUCAUCUUUAACGAUGUUAAGAUAUAUUUAUUCAAAUUCUAAAAUUUUAGUCUUUGCUUCAGGAACUUUCAAACAGCCAAUUUAUUUUAUGCUUGCAGUUUGUUUUGGAAGUACUCCGUGGUUUGUAAACCAAGGUCUGCUUGUAAAUUUGCAUUAUAAUUUUCUUAAUAGGAACGAUUUUUAAUUUAGCGAUUACAGAUCUAAAAUGUGUCGAUUUCCUUUCUUAUAUUUUAGUAAUUAUAGUAUAUUAUGAGCGAGAAUAGUAGAAAUAAUGAGAAGUUUUGGAUUUGCAUUCAUUGUGCAGCUUAUAUAAGCAGCUUGUGAAAUACGUAACUGCACAUGUGUUCUGUCUUUAUUCUUAUCUGUAUGUAACACCUGGAGAAUUUUUUUUUUCCUUUUUUGUGGGGUUUGAGCACACUUUUUGAAAAGUAAUUGUUUCAUAUUUUUUUGUAUGAAUAUGAUUUGUGUAUAUAUGUUAAGAUCAACAAAAUAAGUUGGCGAUGUUAAACAAUAUAAAACAAAACUUUCAAAAUAUAUUUUUUAUUUGUUAGAUGCGUUUUAUACUGCCAUUUGCCAUCUCUCAAAUAUUAUUCUAUUGCUGCUUGAUCAUUUAUGAAUGGUUAAAAGGUGCUGAUAGGGUUUUAAUAGACAACCUACCAGUCAACAGUAGUACUUGAUUAACCACAAGUGUGCAAUAAUGAUUCAUUUAUUAAAAAAUGCAAUAAUUUUUCAUUUCGUAAGUUGCAAAAAUUUUGAUCUAAAUAAUCAGCUUUGCACGUUCUUUUAUUCAAAAAUUGUAUGUCCAGCAGCUCAAAUAUACAAAGGCCUCGACGUAGCGCGAUCUGUUACUUUUUAUGGUCUUUUACGGAAAAGAAAAGGUUUGCGUGUAAGAUAGCUUUACUGAGAUGGAUAUAUUGAAUCUGUCUUGCAAAAAAGAUAAUUAGCCUUUGUAGCCUACACUCAUCCUGCAAAAAAGGCAUCACUCCGAAUCGUUCGAGACCAGAUAGCUGUUUUGGUGCAGCUACUCAAAAAGAUUUUAAGCAUCGUGCUAUGCGCCUAAAUGUUUCGCGUUCUGUUCUGGCACACGAACAGAAUACCUUAACAGGCUGCGCUGUUAACAACUCCGCACUCCGUACACCAAAGCAAGUUCCAAGUUUCGCUGUAGGCCGCGGUUAUUGUGCAAUUUCACACAACGUAUUCCGGCUGUCAACAAUUUGAUGCCUACACUGGCGCUUCAGGUAGAGGAAUGCAUGACUCAUGGUCCAGAAGACAGCACUGAAGGUGCACGGGGGGUGACCAGUUGUCACGUGAAUAGCAAAGUCAGAAGCAAUUAGUUCCUAUUACCAAUUAUAGAAAGUGCCACGAGGCCGGCAAGGGCCUAAAACCAACGAGGACAACACCAUCUACAAUGCUGCAGCACUUUUAAUGUCAAAUUUAACUACCUUUUUUAUUAAAUAAAUAUGUUUCUUCUCCCUAGAACAGGGAUUUAGCGCCAAAACACUAAAGUUCUCGAAACUGUAAUAAAAAGGAAUUAUUCCCAUGAUUGUAAUUCCAGAAUUUAAUUCUUACUGCUAUAUACUUGUAAAAAUAUUGGUGGAUGUAUAUAUAUGGUUUGACCGGCUAGAGAGUUUCUAAACUUUAAUGAAUAGCCUGUAAGUUACUUUAGUGUUUUUCUAAUGGAUAGUUUGUGAAUCUAAGAUGAUUACAGAUUUCUGAAAGGCGUUUUAAGACAUUUUAUUUUGAAGCCGAUGCACAAUAACUGAAAUAUUAAAAUAUGUGACGACGUAAAAUAUUGACUAAAGAAAAUAUUAUCUCCUGUUUUUCUGAAAUGUUAUAUUAAGCCCAACACGCCAUAUGCGUUUGUUGAUCUUUACAUAUGAAAAGCAUGAUGUACGUAUGCUGUUUAAACCAGAUGCGGUCCUUGUAUAGAAAAAUUAUGUAUAAACUGAAUAAUUCAGUUUAUUUGUAGAGAGAAAGGAAAACAGGUUAAUUUUAGUGCAGUAGUGCUUUUUAACGUAACAACAAUACUUCGUAAACAGAAUCAAGAAGGAAAAAAUGCUAUUUUUCUGAAUUCCAUCUGAUGAAAUUUCUGAAGCGUCAUCUCCUAUGAAUAAAUAUUGUUCUUCAGAAGAAUAUUUUAUAAUUUGCAACCUAAGCCUUAAAAACUGUGGUUGAAGUUUAGCAUAUAGUUCCUUUUCAGCGUGAUAUAAAAAUUAAACAAUUUUGUUCCUUUGAUUAAAUUCAUAAAAGAAGUAAAAUUUAUGUAUCCAUUUUUAAAAAAUUAAAAAAUUAUCUUUUGCAGCGGACUGAUAUAUGAUUAUAGGUAGUUUCUGAAGCCAUUGUAAGCAUUAUAUAGCCACAAAAAAUGUUUAAUACUGCUAUUUAUUCUCAAUAGUAUAUUGGAGAUGAAUAUAUUCAAAAUAUUCAUCCACAAUACCAAAUAAUGUCAGUUUACCCUUCACAUAUAUUUGUAUUUUGAGCUAUGAACUAACUACCUUUCAUUGGAUUUCAUUUAAAACAAUGAACAAAAGGUAUCUUCUCAUAGUUGUUCCUUUAAUUUUUCUCGCCAGUGUAGUAUGCCGAUUCCUUUCCUGAAGGGACUCAAAAGUUACAGUCUAUUCAUCUAAAAUUAUAAACUUAAAAGUCCAUACUUGCAAUGAUGUUUACCACACUUACUAAUAUAUACUUUUGAAGAGUCUUUAAUCUUUGUCUUUCUGAAGUGCGUUUUAAUUAAAAAUUCGUUGCGGUGCAAAUACAACAAAUGCCUAAAACUUUUCAAUGUUUAUUUUAUCAAUGUUUACAGAUCGCAUUCAAAGAGCUUCCAGUGUAUGCCUCUUGCAAGGGUAUAGGUUUUCUGAACAAAUUCAAACGGGACAUUGAGCCAGAAGAACAGAACAAAAAUUGUUGGAAAGGAAGCGACGAACCGUGAACAUUUUACAAACUAUGCAAGAUGGCACAAACAGCAAACCAAUGCGAUGUAUUAUUCUAAGAAUUUAUAUGAUAUUUUGUUAAUGCAUUGAUUCAACGCAUUUUAGGCCAGAGCAAAAACGUAAACCGUGCUAAUAUAUAGAUUUUACAAAGGUGGCAUCACUUGCGAGUGCACAUCGGUGUUGCAACAUAGAGAGGGAAUUCGAAUACGGAUACAUGGGCUUCUGCUGUACUUACCUUACAUUUUAUUUUGCAUUGAAAUUUUUCAUGAGAAAUCUACGUUUUAACUUCUUUGUACAUGCAGCAAAGGUCCCAUGCUAUAACAGAAAAUGCUACUGAAAUCAGCUAAUUCGUUCUAGAAGCUUCAGUUGCGUUACUAAUGUGCAGCUGUGAAUAAUGCUUCCAUGUGACUCAAACGCUAUAUUACGAAAUUAUUAAACCAACAGACGCGUGACACUUUAUAUACAUGUAGCUUAAAGUAACACGUAAAUUCAGAUUGCUAACAAUUUUUUUAAAUAUGAUGUGUUUUAUAUAUAUAUGCUAAAGCAAUCAAGAUACUGUUACAAAGAUGUUUUUAAAAGAGCUGUGUAGAAAAUAUUUUAAUCAAAAUAUUAAUACCGAAAAGCAUGUUAAAAUAAUAAUUUAAACUAACUAUGUCAAUUUAUUAAUAAAACAAUUUAUGCUUAGUUUAGAAAUUUUAUGGUUGAUUUCAAUGGUGAAAAACUGAGCAUUUGAUGAAGCUUAAAUAACAUAAUACUAAUUACAUCAUUAGCAGUGAAAGGAAUGCAAAAUAUACAUAUUUUAUCAUUAAAUAUUACACUAGUCAAUUUAUUAAUUUUAUGCAUUUAGCAACAGAAUAAAUCUAUGAAGGAAAUAAAAAUUCUGAAUCCCCCCUAUAAAAAAUUACUUAAAAAUGGACUGUUUGUUCGACUGGACAUGUUUCAAAAUUUGAAUAAACUUCCUUUUUCGCAAUUUCAAGGCCGGGUAUUUCAUUUUUAUUGUGGCUCUCUAAAUGCAAUACACACAUGUGCAUUGCAUCAGAUUAUGUAGUGUUUGUUGUGCCUAUCCCUCUUUCUAGGCAGAGAAAUAUCUUUCAUUUUUAGACUGUUGUUGGAGAAGUAUUUACUUAAAUUUAACCGUUAUUAUACGUAUACUCUUAAAUAAAGAAUUCAGAAACCACAGUCCCCCCCCCCGAAACUGUAUAGGAAUGGAGAAAUAUAGGGUGAAAUAUUUUAACUUUUCCUUUUUGUUGGAAAGAUGACGCUUCAGUAAAACGUAAAAGAAAAAAUCCUUUCAUGAUUAAACUUUUGAUACGAGCAGAAACAAAAAUAUUUCAUGAUAUCAGUCUUUCUUUAGAGGGGGGAAAAGAAGUAAAUAGCUUUUAUCUUAGAAAAUCUUGUACUUCCAGCUCUAUGCAUUUUUUAGAUAUGAAAUUUCUACUCUGUGUAAUUAAAGAACGUUUUAUAUGCCUAUUGCAAUAGUUUAGAAACUGUAUCCUUAUUAGAGGAUCAUGCUCAUGGGACAAUGCAGUUUUCUUUAUUUUGCUACACUAUGAUCGCUUAACGGAAAAAGAAUAUAGCUUCGAUAACUUAUUUGUUUUAAAAGGCAUUAAAAUGCAUCAGCCCAACUUAGCAAAGAUAUUUUAUGGAAGAAAUAAAAUAUUUUUAGCUGUUUGCUUUACUUUUAGUACAAGGAAUGAUGUCUGCAUGAAACUCAAUAUUCUGUUCAGGAAUGUUUUCUAUCGAUCUUCUAUCAGAAUCUUGUAUCAAUCUGUUCGCAGUCUAUCAAUGGAAGUGAAUGAAAUUCCUUCUUAGAAUCUGCCUUCUUUUUGUUUGUCAACAGAAUAAAUCAAUGAAGAAAGUAAAAAUUCUGAUUUUAAUCCUUUAUAAAAACAAAUGACUUGAAAAUAGAAAGAUCAACUAGACAUUUUUCAAAAUUUUGACCAAACUUUCUUUCUUGGAAGUUAAUAACUGAAUAAACGACAGAUUUUUAGGGGAAAGAAAGCUCCGCGCGUUCUAUGAUAAAAGGAAACGUAACACUUAGAGCCAUCUGUUGAAGAAAGCAAAAACGAACUGCGAAUUUACCUGAUUUAAGACGAAGGAUCACCUAUCAAUUUUCAAGCUUUGUUCGUAAUUUGCGGCCUGUCUCCUUUUUUCUCACUAUGGCAUAUGCAUCUUAUUGUAGAAGUACGGAGCAAUUUAUCGAAUUUGUCAGUGUUCUUUGAUUUUUUUCUCACAGAAUACUUUGUUCAUACGGAUGUCAAAAAUAUCUGGUUAAGUCAAUUUGUAUUUGAGGGGGGGGAGGAAAGUUAUUUUUUAAUUUGCUUUAUUUAGUAUUAUUUUUUAGUUACUUAAGACAAUUUAAAUUCAUAUAAUACGAAAUUAAAUUAUUUCAUUCGUUUUCGUCAUUCUGGUUGCACAAAAUUGAAUGAUUCAACAAACAAUUGUUAGACUAAGUUUUUCGAAGAAUAUAGUGUUGCGGUGAAACGCAGUUCUUUUAUUUCAUGAAAUAACAUGGUAUUAGUAUAGUUCGUGCAUUUUUAAUCGCCAUAUUCUUUCCUUUAUGUUAUUUUUUCCAAUGUUGUUCAACCGUUUAGAUAACAAAUUAAAUUACCUACACACUUUAUUUUUCCUUUCCCUUGAAGUAUCUAUUGGAGAAGGGGUAACUUAUGUUUCAUACUUUUAGUAAUGAAGUUUAUUUUGGCUAUAAUUAUUAAAUCCAUUUAAUAUAAUUGAAUUAGUUACUAAAAUUCAGUUUAGUUUUAGAUUUUAAUGACUGCAAAUUAUCUCAAAUACCACCCAUGAGCAUCCUUUACCUCAUGUAUGUGAUAUAAAUGCACAAUGGUAGAAAGAUCAGUUGGCACUCUGCGAGAAAGAUCUUGUUACUUUAAUUGUAUAAUUUCACAGAGAAUCUCUGUAGAUUUAUUAGCAAUUAAUAAACCUCAUUAAUUUUAAGAUAUGAAAAAUAGAGUACUUACUUACUUUUAACAUUAAUGAAGGUAAUAUUUUUUUAAAAUGUAAUGUUUCUUAUCACAGGUUCCUUGUUUCCGGAAUACCGCAUUUGCUCGCAGAAUUCUCUCCGUUUCAAAACCCCCAGCUCUUUUACCAUAUUAUAUAGAAACUUUUGAUUUAGAGUAGCAAAGUAUAAAUUACAUAAGUGCACAAAACACAAAGAGUGAGUACAAAUUUUGACAUUAAAAGCAAUAACUGUUACAGAUUUCUCUGAAAUACAAUAAUAUUACUGCAUCAAUUCGUAUACUAUUUCUAAUCUUCUAAAUUAAAAAAAAAUGUAUUUUAAUCGUUUCUGUUAGAAACAAUAUGCACCGUGUAAUACUCCCCUUUUUAUUUUUGGGAGGUAAAAUUAGUCAAAAGGGAAUAAGUAUACUCUAGUAAAUACGGUAAUUAAUGUUUACUUUCUGCCUUAUUUCAUUUUCUUAUCACACGCAAGCAACCUUUUUGUAAAUUACGAAAACUUUUAAGCAUGUCAUAUGAAUUUAAUUAUGAAAUUUUCCCCUUACAACAUUAUUUGUUCCCCUAAAGUGCUGUCCUCCCACGACAAUCGUGACCAUGAGGUAAACACAUGUGCGUUUCAGAUCGGUAUAUUUUUUAUAUAAGACGGAUACGGUUCUCCGUGGAAUGGUAAUUUUUAUUAUUAUUUUCCUUUCUAUAGUUUUAAAAAAGCUGUUGAUACGAAAAGGAAUACACUAUUUAGAAAAAUAAUAAAACUAAAACUCCAUACUCCUACAACUCAACAGGUGCAGGUAGAAAUGGGCGGGACACCAGAAUUUUACCAUGGUCGUUCAGGUACAGUUUCACCGCAAUAACUGUGCAUUUGCACUCCAGUUUUGAGAGAGAACACCUCCGGAUCCUAUGUCCCCCCUUGUCUUCUCCUAUCACCAGUUUCGGUUCCCCGAGUAUUCUGAUAACCCCCUUGCUGCAGAGACACUGUACCAAAGAAUCUCUAAGGAGAAGAAGUAAAGGUUCCCCGAGGCAAAUGUGGCUCCGUCAGACCGAAGCGACACAUUAUGUAUAUCCCUGAAGCUUACUUUAAAGAGCAAACCACCCCAAAGCUAUCCAAGGCCAUCUUGAUCCUCAAGAUGGCUAUCCUUGCCUUGAGCUAUCCACCCCCCUCCGUACCUCACUGCGCAUGUGCGAA